AUGGCACCCGGAAUCCUUGAACGUAUCCAAGCCAAGAUUGAGCUGUUUAGGCUCGAGCAACGCUACACCAAAAGGCGCAACCGCAGGUCCACCUUCGUGUCGAAUGCCAUGUACGUGGACGGCGAGUACAUUUACAACACCCCAGCGUCGACUGGCAGCUCCACAAACUCGACCUCAACAUCGCCCAGCAAGUCGGCCACGGUUGGGUCUUCAUACACAACAGAUAACGUGCCCUCCGGGUCGCCGACGCACAAGGCAGGCAAGAAGCUGAAUCGAUUCUCGUCCAUGCCAGGGUUUGGGUCCAUGUCAAAGAUUUCAGGCAGUCGGCAAGCUGAUGACUGGAGGAGAGAAAACGUGAGCGUCGCCGAGGUGCGGUAA